CCUGCUAGUUACCUCUCUGUUAGCCAUAGCACUGAGAGACAGUGGUAUACAGGACACAGAGAGAGAGUUUGCGAUACACAGAGGAAUACCAACAAGAGAGGGAUACAGUCUAGACAAUACAGGAUGAAGCCCAGACGCCUGCUUUCCUCUGUGGAGCUGCUGCCCACCAUCAGUGAGAUGCAGGAAGGAGAUCUGGAGGACGGGGAAGACGAUUACCCCACUAUGGAGGAGUAUGUGGACUCCAUCAAGGAACUCUCUCAGCCCACCCCGUACCCCCUCCACAGCCUGCCCCGGUGGCACCGACGAUGGAUGACCAGCUCGGCCACCCAGCCCGUCGGAAGAUGCCCCACUGUAGCCCAAUUGGCGCCCUAUAAUAAAUCCAUGGCAUAUUCUCCUCGGAUCCCCAGUGGUCUAUCGGAUGUGUCACUCAUGGUCACCCACCCUUUGGACGGUGUAACCCGGGUAUGUUCCGGCCGAGACCCCCUGGAUUGGUUGUUUGCGCAGGCCCAGUUUUCCGGGUUGACGUGACUAAGAAAGUCCCAGGCUUCUGUUUGUGACGGUGCUCUGGAGAUGGCUGCAGGGCUUUACGGAACUCUUUGAUGAACAGGAAGCAUAGUCUGGAUUACAUUACUGGAUUAACCCAGCGUGGGAUUUGAGGUCGAGGUAGUCAGGGAUGAUUUGUGAACGUUGUCUUAACUCUCCCAUGUAUUCUACAGUAUGGACUGAGUCCCUCCAGGCAUGACCAGAGUUGAAGGGUGUCCUAAUAUGGACAAAGUGAGUGGUGAACAAGGAGGGGGCAGAGGGAUUCAGCCCAAUUAAUUUACACUUUAGCUGCUUUAUCUCUCUGGAUAUCCUCGUAAUGAUAAUAUUUUUGUAAGGAACUCUUUCGUAAAUACUGUACAUGAUUGUCUGUAAAUCUCUU